AUGGCCGACAGCUUUGGGGAACGGCUGCUUGCGGAGGUGCACGAGGAGACACUGGAUGAGCUUCUGCGUGACUUGAGAAGCCAUUGUUAUGCUACUUCCGACAAUGCAUCCAGAUACCGUCUAGGCGUCAGGGAACUGGAUGAAUUGCUCGAGGUUUUCAUGCCAAUGUCGACUGCAGCUCAAGCUCAACACCAGCCGUCUCUACAUCAGACGCAACCCCCAGGCCAACAACCAAGUAUUCAACAAGAUUACGCCGAAGACCAACACCCACAAUCAGAUGGACAUGAAGAAAAUGAUCAACAUGAAGCCACCGCUGAUACCAGCCCGGCUGGCCCCCCUACUCGGGUCAACCGCGUAGAUCCCGUGGUAGAGAUAUCCAGCACUUCGUCUGCAGCUGGAAAAUCCCAGUUGCUAUAUUAUCUCGCUGCCGUUGCCGUCCUUCCAUCGACAUACGAUGGCAUGCGCCUAGAUGGGCGUGAAGCUGCAAUUGUGUUCAUUGAUGCGGAUGGCCGGUUCGAUGCUGAUCGUCUUCGAACUGUGGCUCGGGGAAUCGUUCGUCAGAAGCUAAAGACACAGAAAGAGAACUCAACACCGACCACAGAAACAGAAAAUGCAUCAUCCGAACGCUCACCCGAGGAGAUCGAGACAAUCAUUGUGACAUCCUUACAGCAUGUCCAUAUGCUUCGUCCACAAUCCUCUUCCUCUCUAUUAUCAACGCUGCAAAAGCUGGAGACAUAUCUCUUUGACCUUCCGCGACACUUCUCAUCCAAUCGGCCUCUACACGCGAUCCUCAUCGACAGUGCUAGCGCCUUCUUUUGGCAAGAUAAGCUACGCGACGAGGUGGCUCGAAUCGAGGAUAUUGGACGUCCACCAGCUGAAGUUGAACGUGAGCGAUCCCAAAAGCAAAGCUUCUACCUGCUGGAUGUGUACGUGGACUUGGUGAAAGAGCUCAAACGAUUACAGCGGCAAUUUAGCUGCGUCGUUGUUUACACCACGAUAGCUUGGAGCGGCAAGUCUGUAGGUGGUCCUGGCCAUGGGCAACCACAUAACCCCUCCGGCCCAUUUGAUCUAUAUGUUCCUCCGGUUCCUUCAGUUCCAAAGACGCCGUCCUUCCGCUCUUCACUUCCUGCUCCCUGGGGAACCUUUCCCACCUUACGGCUUGUUGUUCAGCGGGAUGUGGUUCGUCCGUUUCCACCCCUGAUGACUCCCCACGAAGCACAGCGGGAUGCCACCAUGCGACAAGAGAUGGUCGUACAGGGCAGAUUCUCAGGCUGGGUGAAUGGCUGGGGACGGGAGGAUUGGCCAAGGAGAGUGACAGAGGGCAUUGAAUGGAGGAACAAUGGGAUGUUUACAUUCAACAUUACGAGGAGUGGUGUUGACAUUCCUGCUACUCGAUAA